AUGGGUAACUAUAUGCAAAGCAGAAGAAAAUGCAAUUUAUUUUGGCUGCAUGUAUUUAUUUGUCUUCUCGUCGGAAAGCGGGGCUUUGCUCAGAUACGAUACUCCGUACCGGAGGAGGUGAAAGAAGGAUCUGUUGUUGCGAAUCUCGCCAAGGAUCUUGGCCUGGAUCUCUCGCUGCUACCUGAUCGACGUUUUCGGCUCGUCUCCGGAUCCAAGGACACACUUUUUGAUGUGAACCAGGACAGCGGGGAUCUCUUUGUCCGGAAGAAAAUCGACAGGGAGGAGCUUUGCCAGGGGAGCGCUGCAUGUUUAGUGGAGCUAAAAAUCCUGGUGGAAAAUCCUUUGGAGAUGCACUACGUGGCUGUAGAAAUCACAGAUGUAAAUGAUCAUUCACCUAGGUUUCCCAAAGAAGAACAAGCGUUUAAAAUAUUCGAGCAAACGUCACCAGGGAGGCGAUUUCAGCUGCACGCUGCUCGUGAUCCAGAUGCAGGCUCUAACUCAAUACGUACGUACACACUAACACCGAAUGAACACUUUGAGAUAGAUGUCCGUCAAAGCGACGGGGAUAAAACACCAUUUCUGGUGCUGAAGAAAUCUUUAGACAGAGAGCAGAGUAAUAACCAUCCAUUGGUGGUCACAGCUGUAGAUGGAGGGAAACCUCCGAGAUCAGGAACAUUGAAUGUCUCUGUUAUUGUUCUGGACAGUAAUGAUAACCGUCCUAAAUUUAGUAAAGAAACCUAUCAAAUUGAAGUACAAGAAAAUCCAAUAAUUGGCAGCACAAUAUUUAAAAUAACCGCAACUGACCCAGAUGAGGGUUUGAAUAGCGAAAUCGAAUACAGUUUUGGAAAGACACUGAACGAACGAGUCUAUGAUAAUUUUGAUUUGGAUAAAAUUACAGGUGAGAUAAGAAUCAAAGGUGCUGUCGAUUAUGAGGAAACCAGCAUUUAUAAACUGGACAUUGAGGCGUUAGAUAAAGGGACACCUCCACUAACAGGUGAGUGUAGACUCAUCAUAAACAUAAAAGAUAUGAAUGAUAAUCCACCUGAGAUUGAAGUCACAUCACUGUCAAAUUCAGUGUCUGAAGACUCAAAGCCUGGCACAGUUAUUUCACUGCUUAUUGUGACAGAUACAGACUCUGGAGUUAAUGGGAAAAUAAUUACAAGCAUUACCUCAGAUGGGCCCUUUGAACUUAAACCUUCAUAUAAGGAAAACAUUUACUCAGUUGUCACUAAAGGUAGAUUAGAUAGAGAAACUGUGUCACAGUAUGACAUAACAAUAAAAGCCACUGACUGUGGGGAACCGCCUUUAUCAGCUUUUAAUACAUUUAGCAUUAAGAUAUCUGAUGUAAAUGAUAACAGUCCACAUUUCUCAGAAAACCCAAUAAACUAUUACUUCAAAGAAAACAACAUUGCGGGAAAUGCAAUAUUAUCUGUUAGAGCAACAGACAGAGAUGCAAAUGAAAAUGCAGCUAUUUCAUAUCACAUUGUUAGAGAAGGAAAAGCAAAUGAUGUGUUAUCCUUCCUAAAUAUAAACUCGGAUACAGGACAAAUAACUGCGCUGAAGAGUUUUGACUUUGAAACAUUGAAAACUUUCCAGCUCCAAGUUGUGGCCACAGAUUCUGGAGCUCCGUCUCUGAGCAGCAACGUGACAGUGAACGUGUUCAUUCUGGAUCAGAACGACAACUCUCCAGUCAUCCUGUAUCCAGUCAGCUCCAAUGGUUCUGCUGAAGGUGUGGAGGAGAUUCCCCGCAACGUGCACACAGGACACUUGGUGACUAAAGUCAGAGCCUAUGAUGCUGAUAUAGGA